AACCAAUGGGCGCCCUGCAGCUGUCCUUAAAUACCGUGAGCAAUCGCCUUACGAUUCAUUUAUUCUCUCAGUUAAUCUGACGUACUGAAGUAACUAUGAGCGGCAGAGGUAAAACCGGAGGCAAAGCCAGAGCUAAGGCUAAGACUCGCUCUUCCAGGGCUGGACUGCAGUUCCCCGUUGGCCGUGUCCACAGGCUGCUCCGCAAAGGCAACUAUGCAGAACGUGUCGGUGCCGGUGCUCCGGUGUAUCUAGCGGCUGUGCUCGAAUAUCUGACUGCUGAGAUCCUGGAGUUGGCUGGAAACGCCGCUCGGGACAACAAGAAGACCCGUAUCAUUCCCCGUCACCUGCAGCUGGCAGUGCGCAACGACGAGGAGCUGAACAAACUGCUGGGCGGAGUGACCAUCGCUCAGGGAGGUGUGCUGCCCAACAUUCAGGCGGUGCUGCUGCCCAAGAAGACCGAGAAGGCUGCCAAAGGCAAAUAAGCGCUCUAGGAAUCUUCUCUAAAACCCAAAGGCUCUUUUAAGAGCCACCCACUCCAUCUAAGAAAGAGCUGAUCUUCUAAUACACCCGUAACAAAACAUAACCACGUAAACCUUUGUCUAUUGAACUUAACGUUCAUGUCGUUGGCUCUAGUCAAUAAAACAUUUAAGCACCCGAA